AGAAGUAGAAGGAAAGAAACCUCUUUUUCUUUUCUCGCGUCUUUUUUUUUUACCAGGAGGGAGGGAGGAGGCGCUAACAAACUCGGAACUGUGUCAAAGUUACUGUACUUGGAAACAUUAACACGAGUUGGUGGCUGACAGAUGAGCCGAGAGGAGGAAGAGACGAACAGAGAAGGUAAGAGAUCUCGAGGAUUUGUUGACAGCUUACCUGCCUGUUUGGAGGAGGAGGAGGUAAAGUCCAUUUUGACACUUGUUUUCGAGCGUUUCACGUAAAAUUAGUCAAGUCUGUUCACUUGUACGGCUACUUUAAAGUACAAAGAUCAGCGUAGCAUUUCUUACUGUUAUGUUUAGUUAUCUGUAGUCUAUCUUGAAGAGGAUAAGAGACGAGCAAACUUUACUGAGCAUUACAAAAACAGGCCUUAUUAUCGUGAUACUGAGCUGGACAUGUUAUUUUUAUUUUGGUAUUACUUAUAAACAUAAGGAGUUAGCCAAAAAUACAAAGCCACAUUACUUAAUUGUGCUUAUUUGAUAAAUAAAUUGUGGCAUAUUUUGUCAAAUUGAGAUUAAAAAAAAAGACUUAGAAAUAUCGAUUCACAUAAGUAUCGUGAUUUUUUGUUUUACAAUUUUUAAAUCGAUUUUUAUGUUCAAAAAUCGAUUUUUUUCUUAAAGAAUAAAUCUUAAAAACUGACUUACAUGUGAUGUGUAUUUGGGGGGUAAAUGUGGCUCCUGAAAUAGUCAGUAGACAAUCAUAAUCAUUCACUGGUGUUAAAAAUGCAGACUAAAUAUCCAGAAAAUCGUCAAUAUCGUAGAAUCGCAAUUUUAAUCGAAUUGGCAUCCAAAAAAAUCGUAGAAGAAUAGAAUCAGGAGAAAAGCAUAUCGUCCCAGCCCUGUUGGACUAUAAGUCAAAUUGUGAGAAAAUAAAUUAGUUUUUUAUUAUUACUACCUAUAUUGACUCAACUGGAUUAUUACUGUGUUUGUGAAUCAAAAAAUAUCAAAAAUAUGUCCAGUUUGCUGUAAAAUAUCGACAUUAUAUUUACAUUUUGCUUCACUCAUUUAAAUCCUCAAUAACUUUAUUUUGCUCAUUUGCUCACACAUUCUCAACCCUCUAUACUUUACAUUAUUAAUAGGGAAUAGUUUUGCCUUGUUUAGUUCUGAUUGGUAAACCAAUGUGGACAAUAAACAGCAAUAAAACUUCAGUAAGCUGUUUUAAAAUCCUGAGCCAGCAGGUUGGAGUUACGUAACUUCAGUAAAAGCUUGUAUUUUAUAGUUUUAGUGGAUCUGCUGUGGUUUUCAAAAAUCAACUGUGCUAGAUUAAAACUGAGGAUAUGUAUGUCAGACUGCUGUAGAUAGAUAGAUAGAUAGAUAGAUAGAUAGAUAGAUAGAUAGAUAGAUAGAUAGAUAGAUAGAUAGAUGGCUUAUCCUCAGGGUUAAGUCAAACAAAAAGUGGAACGUUUAUGUCACUGGGUCACAUCAUGUCAAAUAAACUUGUUUUCCCUGUAAUUGCCACCUUUCCCCAGACAGUCAAUCAGUGACACCCUGCAGCUGUGUAACAUUUCUUCUAUGCUGAUGAAAAGUGGCCCAGAUGCUCCAGGAUGGAUCCCCUCAGCCAGAGCUCAGCUUUAGACCUUUUCGAACCCGACACCGAGGAGCUGCAGCUCAGAGUGGACUUCUUCAGGAAACUGGGUUAUUCUGCAGCAGAGGUGAAGUCUGCCCUGAAGAAGUUGGGACUAAACACAGACACCAACUCGGUGCUGGGAGAGCUGGUCCGGUGCAGGACCGGCACAGCACCCUGCGUGUCUGGUGAUGACAGCGAUGCGAGAAAUACGGGGCUAAAGGACCUUCUGUUGCCUCCCAGCUGGGUCCUUGGACCCAGCAGAAACACUUCACAAACUGGGGACUGGAAAGCUACAGACACAGAGUUGAGACCUGUUGUCAUUGAUGGCAGCAAUGUCGCCAUGAGGUGAUUUUUAUUUUUAUUUUUUCUCACUUAUUGGAUCACAGAUUAACAGUUAAAAUCCCUUUUUAUUGUUUUUAAGUCAUAAAUCCAUCCCUGUACGUGCACAAAAAGCAACUUAACACCCAUAACUCUUUUUGUUUACGUAGAGACAGUAAAGUACCUGUAAAAUAACACAUUUCAAGCUGUCGGCACUCAUUGUCAUGUUGUUCUUCAACCUUGACCCUGAAGCAUGCAUCUUUCUCUUAUACCAUCUCACUUGACUGUUUGAAAAGGGCGUUCACCGCCCUGCCUGUGCAUGUUUUUGUGAAGGCCACUGCUACAAUAUGCAAAUUCUCGGCACACACCUCAGAAAUCUCCACCUUGCAUUAGGUAUAGAAGGUGUUAUACAACAAGUUCUCAGGGGAUCGGUGUGGUGUUUACACAAAUUAACUGAAUCUCUUACUGUUACAAUUACUUACCAUCGCCUGCUUUCACCUGCUUCUUUUUACAGUCAUGGCAACAAGGAAGUGUUUUCAUGUCGAGGCAUCCAGCUGGCAGUCAAUUUCUUCCUGGACAGGGGUCAUAAAACCAUUACGGUGUUUGUUCCCGCCUGGCGUAAAGAGCAGCCCCGACCUGAUGCCCCCAUCACAGGUGAGGGUCCAAGAAUGAACAGCAGGAAACAGAGAGAUGCUUCAGAUGAUUCUUUCAGCCGCACAAACCUCUCUCAGUCAUAGCAGAAACAGGUUUAUGUAGCAAGAUCAGUGACAAAAACUGUAAUGCUACUACACAACGUGAUUAAAUUAGCUACAGAGAAAUGACUUCAUUCAAAAACAGGAAGGCUUACUUCCAGAAACUUACUCAAAUGGCUAACUCAGCUUCUUGUUUUGUGCAGUUACUACCUAGCACAAAAAAUUGGUAAUAUUAUGGGCAAUUGGAGACCAAAAUGAGCUUUUUAUGAGUGAGGUUUGGUUUUGAUAAAAGUAACAAGGACCUAUUUUGAUUGGCUAAAAGUCAGACACAGCGCUGGGCUCAGAGGAACUAAACAAAGCUUUUUUGCCAAUUUAUAAUGUACUCAAACAAACCAAACAGUAAGUGAACUUGUCGGCUACCAUCCCAACAUUCAAACACUGACUUUAGAUCAUUUCAUUUCUCCUUUUUGUUGUAUGUUUAGUAAUUAAUGUUUCAAACCAGUUUAGUGUGUUAUAAAGCUAGCUUGUAAACCGGUGUGAGGUCAAUAGCUCUGCAGCCUAUCAUUUUCCACUAAUUUAGUCACUGACAAGUUUCACAACACAAAGAUUUGCUCUUACCUAACUAAGUAACUCUGCACUGGAAAAAAACAGGGCUACAUUUUCUCCAAAAGCAGCCCAUGAAGAGGAAGUGCCAGCCUUCAAAAUCUAGCCUAGAUGCCAGUAUGCAUACCGUACAUGAUAUUAAUCGUUUGAGGAAAUAAAAAUGCCCGGAUUGCAAACCAAAAUGUUUUGAUCUCGUCUGAGUCACACUCAAGGAACAGUCUGGUCCAGUUUCACUGAGUUUCCUUUGAUAAAAGACUCAGAUGUGAACCUGUGCGGGUAAAUUGUUUAGAAAUGAGAAUAGCGUUAGGAUUCAGUUUCUAUAUCGAAACACUCCCCUGCUGGAGGGGGAUUAGGGGUGGCUUUUGAGGACAGGAAGCUAUUAUGCAUUUCACACAUGAUACUUCGUUUAUGAAGCAUUUAACCAUCCAAAACUUAUGUCUAUACAAAACACAUGAAGUAUUGGCAAAGGGAGGAUGGUUUCCAAAGUGUUGAACUACUCCUUUAAAUCACCAGGAAACACUCCUCUAUUCCUGGAACUGUUACUUAUAAUUUCCCUAGAGAUUCUCGUUUACCCAGAAGUGUGAUACAAUAACGGCUUCAGUCUCCUCUUCCACUGUAGCUCGAGGCAUGCUUAUUCCUGUAUCUGUGGUUCAUUCCUGCGGUAACCAUGAGAUAAUGUUUCAGGUGAAGAACUAGUGAAGUCAUGCCAAACUUAUGGGGCAACACAGUUAAGAUUGUGAAAUAGGAGUUUACCCAACUAGUCUCUUAGAUACCUUUCAGUAUAAAGCAAAACAGCAGUAAGAGUGAGCAUGCAGUAAGAGCUGUAGAGAUAGUAUCAGUUGGAAAAGAAUAAAAAGCCAUGUAUUUCCUGCUGCCAAGUCUCUUUAUUUCAAGGUGUAUCUGACAAUCUAGAUUUCUAUCAUUCCCAGACUUCACAGUCUCUUUGAGAAGAGAAGCCACCUUUCAUUCAGGCUUAUCCUCAUCUUUUCAAACUAUUCAUGCCUAACUAACUUUUGACAGCUCCAACAACAACCAUAUAAUGAAGGGAGGACCACUGGUGUAAAACUAAUGUGUCAUCACCCUUUAGUGCAGCCGGGGUGGAGUAAUCCAAAGGUUCUAUUUUCACCAACAAGGAAGUAAAAUAAUCAGCCUUCAGUAGUUCAUGGGAAAGCCCUACCAGGAAGUCCAGCAGUGUUUUUUCUUCCACACCUAGUUUACAUGUAGUGCGUGGUUAACUGCUGACAAUCAUCUACAGCAAGAGAUCAUAUAGAGCUAAGAGUUAAGUGAAGACAGAGCAGAGAGGCCCUCAAAUGGUGAAGUGUCUGGAAGUGUUCAAAGAGGAUAUCAGUGGAUCAGCCAUAGACAUGUAAAGCGUCACCUGGUGUCUUGUGGGCACAAGAUUUUUUGACUGAUUAAAUUCUUCCUUUUAACUUUUUUCCUCUGUGAGGGACUGAGUGAGCUUUGAGAAAUACUCCUCUCAUUUUUAUGCAUAGAUGGACCAAAAUUUACAUAUUUCCGUGUCUUUAAACUUUACAUAAAAACUUUGAUUAAAAAGGCAAUUACAUGAGGCUGAGUGGUCUUAGCUCCUCAUGUAUACAGGCAAUAAUCCUCCUUUCAGCAGUCAUUGGUUUGAUUCCCAACUAUGAUCCUUUGUGGCCAACAUAUCUGAAAGUCUGUACUGAUGUGAUGUCCACAAUGUAUUUAAAAAAAACUUAACAUGAGUUCUGUGUGUUUUAAAGCUUUGACUUGCAUUCAUAGAAAAUGUAUUUUAUGAAGUGAAUGUGAAUCCAUGCAGUGAUUUCCACUACAGAGUCAUGUCUGUUUUGAAUGAAGUGUUAAUUACCAUCCAGUGCUGUUUUUCAUACUUAUCUCUAUUGCACAGAUUUACUCAGAUUUUGUGUAUUUAAGUUGAUGAUUUCCCCAAAUUCUUCGCUAACCAACAUUAUUUAAACUUUUUGCUCACACAUCGCCUCUUUAUACCCAGUUGUAUCGCUUGGCUGUUGGCAAAUUUAAAAGUAGUAUAUUUUUUGCACAAAACAAGAAAACUUUUUAGCUCAAAAACUUGAUAUCAUGUCUUCUCUUCUCCCAAUUAAUGAUUUGAGAACCAUAAUAAUCUGUUUUAUCCUAGCAUAUUAUUAGUUUUGAAUCAGGAUUGUAAAAUGUCAAAAGAUUAAAAUCCAGUUGUGAAGGGUUACUCAUGUUUGACUCUUGCUUGUUUUCACUUCAGAUCAACACAUCCUCUUGGAGCUUGAAAAACGUAAAAUAGUGGUCUUCACUCCAUCGCGGCGUGUUGGGGGAAAGAGGGUGGUUUGCUAUGAUGACCGCUUUAUUGUCAAGUUGGCCUACGAGUCAGAGGGGGUCAUCGUAUCCAAUGACACCUACCGGGAUCUCCAGGGAGAAAGACCCGAGUGGAAGAAGUGCAUCGAGGAAAGACUCCUCAUGUACUCUUUUGUCAAUGACAAGUAAGCAAACAACUUUUUGUGCACCCAAGGAUGCACGAUUUGAUAUUAUCCUUCAGAUCAGGAGAAUAUAUCUACAGAGUUUAUGUAUAAACAAGACAAAUGUAUUCCUUUAUGUUCAGGUUUAUGCCUCCAGAUGACCCUCUUGGGCGUCAUGGCCCCAGUCUUGAAAACCUUCUCAGGAAGAAGCCUCUGCCAACAGAGCAAAAGAGACAGCUCUGUCCCUACGGUAAGAUAAUACAACAAACCUUACUGCUUACUGUCAUGUUUUGGGAGUUUUUGGUCAUGUGGUUCUCAACUAAGAUGACUUAAAACACUUGCAUGUCCUUUUUGUUGUCCUCAGACAAAAAAUGCACCUACGGCAUCAAAUGUAAGUUCUACCAUCCUGAGCGGGUGAAUCAGUCCUACCUGUCCUUGGCUGAUGAACUGAGAGAAAAAGCCCAAAUUUCCACCACAAAAGAAGAAAGAAAAUCCAGAUCAUCGCCUAGACAGUUUCAUGCUGAUCCUGAACUUACCCGUAAUGCCACUUCCUGUUCUCAUGAUCCAGAAUACCAAAGAGACGAGCAAAGUCCAUCACAUCCCAGUCUGGUUAGUGAAAAUACACAGCUGUACUGGGAGGACCCCAGAAAGAGUCCAAAUCAUACGUCAUGUUCAGCAACAGGUAGCCAGUGUCAGAGCGAGUGGCCUGGGCUGCACCAGUUGUCCAAUCAUUACUAUUCCAACAUCUCUGGGGAGUACCUGGAUUCUGGUCUUGGUUCUUAUGAGAACCAGUACUCUGACUUUUUGCAUGGCAACAGCAACUCUCACAGGCCCUGGCCCCAGCAGCAAAGUGCCCUCACUGGAUCCAGACAUACCUCUUUGCAUUCGGAACAAAAUCACACCUGCUGUCCCCAUUCAGGGCUUUCAUCAGGUCUUCAGCAACACCAUCAAAACCUGGAGUCAAAGAGACAAACCAAAUUCAACACCUAUCCUCCUCACAUGUUCCCACAUGGCGCAGCACAACAACAGAGCUUACCAAACCACCUCCAGUACCAUGGAGCCCCGAAUCAUCAGCUGAAAUACUGGUCGGACCCCUUCCAAGGGCUGCCCCAAGCCAGGUCAUCAUGCAGUUUGCCUUCUUUGAUCCAGCCCCCACACUCUCACAACUCUUGCUGCUCCCACAAAGACCAGCAUUACCACUCCUGGGGCCAACAACAAGCUUCAUCCGCUGCUUUUGAUCAGCAGAGGCUGGAACUGCGAAAGAAUUUACAAGCCAUCUUCAACCCGCAUCAGGUGGACACGGUCAUGGGCAUGUUCCCGCACCUGAUGGAUGCAGAGAAACUGGCUGCAGAGAUCCUCAACCUGAAGGCUCAGAGAGGGAUAUUCUGAGGAGUUCAUGAUUUUAACAAGCCAAUCAUUCAGAUGUUUCAGUCUGUAGUGUGUCAUUAUGGAAGUGUCAUUUGCUCUCCUGAGCUGAGUGUAUAUACGUAUGUAUGACAUUGUUGUCAACUGUGACCAUGUCAUCCAUGUUUCGGAUGAACCUGCCUCUAGAUUAAAACUAAUCACGACUGAGUUUCUAGAGAUUUAACUGUUGAUGCAUAUUGUGUCAAUUAUGAUGUAUUUUAAUCUUUUAUCCAGAUCACAAGUUCUCAUGCAGAAAUGAGUCAGUUCGAAGUGUUCGUUUUUCUUUCAUUUUCACUGUAGUUCUCCACGACAGCCUGCUGUUUGAUAUUAUCUCUGAGGUGUAGCAACAGUAUUUAUAAAGGACCAGGUUUACAGUAAAUCACAAGUGUACCAGGAAAUGGAGAAACAACUAUGACACAAGCAGAAGAUAUUUGCUGAUGGUCAGUUUCUCGAAAUGUUCUCAGAUCAAGUAUUGCUGUAGCUCUGUAUAAACUUGUGCAUUUAGGUUACUUUGUGGAAAAAAAAGAAAGUAUAACAGUAUGAGGAACUUUGUUCUCAUGAGGUCUUUUAAUUUAUGCUCUUUUCUAAAUUAAGUUGAAAUAUUUCC